UUCUUGUGCGGUCUCUAAUAAAAUGAAGAUAUCUGUAGUGCUACUUGUGACCCUUCUGGGCUGUGCUCUCGCCCAGGAAGAGCUCUCGUCCAGGCGGGACAAGCGAACGGCUCAUUUUCUGCUGCAUCAAUUUGCCGAUUUACUGGGAUACGACAUAAUCCCAAAAGCAGCUGUGGUCACAGAUAUUCGAUCGAGGCUGGGACUGCCUCCUCUGCAGCAGCUGGGACAGCCUCAGACUCAACCCCAAACCCCACAGACACCUCAGACCCAGACCCCACAGACUCAACCCCCAAAGACUCAACCCCCACAGACCCAGGCCCCGCCAAAAACUUCAACUAUGGGUACCAGCACAACCACCAGGGGCAGUUCUACUGCAUCCCAGGCUCCAGCAAAAACCCCCACAACUUCCGCCCAAGCUCCUCCAAGCUCCGAAGGACCCGUGAGACUUCCCUUGCCUCUGAACAUCCUAAACAGACUUCAGCCAACAGUUCCCAUUCUCAAUCCAAUUAAUCCUACCCCUGCGGUUCGCCUAGAACAACCUGCACCACCUGCGCCUCCGCAGCAACCAGAAUUCGGAAUACAACACACAAACUUCAGUCUCAACUACCUCUUCACAAGAGUCCCUCCCACUGCCCCACCAUCGGCUUCAUCUAGUGCUUCAGAUUCCAAUUCAAAUUCAGCUUCCGAUGAGGCUCCCACAGGACCCUCAGCUGAGGCUCCAUCUGCAGAAGACGGAUCCCCAGAGAACCCUCCCAGAUUCGUAGACGACAAUUACGUGUUCAACCCCCGGGACGCAAGUGAUGAGGAAUACAACCCCAAUCUAGCCUUCAGUGGCUGGAGACCACCAAAUCCUGAAGAUUUCAACUUCGAGGAAUCCAGUGAAGUGAAAUUUAAUCCAGCUCCUACCACAAGGAGUGCUCCCCAACCACCUCAGUUUUCUAAACUUGAUCCUGUAGCUGUAGCAUAUCCCCAUUCAAACUACAUUUCCGCCUUUGUUCCGGGGUCCUUGCACAGACGACGCUCAGCCACGAGCCAGCAUAGUGUCCAUGUCAAGACUCCUGGAAGCUUCUACGGCUACGUAACGUACCAUGAGCCUCCCUACGAAACUAGAAGGUUCCACUAGAGACAUUAUCCUAAUUAGUCCAAUUCCCAUUUCCCGCCAUUUUCGCCCAAAAGACGCCUCGGAUGAAUGCUGGAGCUGUGACAGUGAUAGAGACUGUUUCAGGGUUCUCUGAGCGCCAAUUUCUUCCAUUCCAAUGCAUUUUCGCAAUAAUUUGCAUUUCACCGCUCCUAUGCCCACGAUGAUGAUGUUGUAUUUUCCCUCUGGCUGAUUAAAAGAGAGUGCUACAAAUUUGCAAUUCUUCAGCUUUAUAAAAUGCGCCAAUUUUCGCCAGAUCAACCUUCAAACAAUAUGUACAUUUCUGUGUCUCACGUAUUACCCAAUAAAAUAAAUUAA